AUGUCCAAACAACAACUGCAACAACAACUUCAGCGAACAGUUGACAACUUCAAUCUUUUUGAUGAAAAUAACACAAAACGAGUUUUGUUGGAUUGUCUGGGCAGAGUUUCAGACGUUUUUGCUGUUUCUGUUUCCAAUCAAAACGAAACCGGUGUUCUAGGAGCAAGCUCGUCAUGCACAUCCACUGUUGAGCAUUCCGACUUGCAGUGCGUCGUCAGUAUGACUUCCUCAUUGCUGUCCCUGCAUUUUCAUCAUUGUCACAAUUCAAGUAAGCGCUCAUCCAGUUCGAGCUCAUCAUAUGUACAUGUCUCCUCUUCUUUAUAUCAAGAAAGAGUAACCAAACAAGAUGAUGCUGUUUGUGUUCAGUUAAAAAGGUUCUGCUUAGAAUUAUCUAACCAGAUGCAUAUUUUGAACAAUUACAACAAAAUGGAAUGCAACCAGUUGGUUAAUUUGUUUGUUACUUGUUUUAAACAUCUGACUCAGGAAAUUAAGCUGCAAAUUGUUGCAAACCUGUUAGCAAAUAGCAACACAUCUCAGAAAAUUGAUUUGAUUGUCAAAUUAUUUAGAGACAUUUUCAAGCCAGUUGAUCUGAAAUUUACUGAAAAUGAAAAGAAUUUGAUAUUGAAUUUGUUUAACAAAAUUUUUAAAUCUUGGAAAGAGUCAGAUAUAUCUAUUAUAUUGAUGGAUUUCAUUCCUACAUAUUUAUCUAAGACUAAAUCAACAGAUAAUGACAUGUCUUCACUAGAUGAUGUUUGGUCUUUAAUAUUCAGUUUUACAAAUACUGACGAUCAGCAUAAUCACGACAGUUCUACAGAUUAUUGUAGAUAUCUGUUCCUACUUUGUUCUUUAACUCAAACAUUCUUCUCUGAGCAGUUUGCAAAAUACUUUGUUGAAAAGUAUUUAGCAUCUGAUCUACCAGAAUUUUGGUGCACUUAUAUCAAAGGUUUCACUCAUGGAAAUUCUCUGGUGAGGAAGAGGACCAUGUACUUCUUCAAGCAGAUGCUGUCUGCUGUUAAAAAGUUUGCCUUGCAGAUGUGGUUUUCCAACUCUAUAUAUCUUCAUUUCCACGUUGAAAAUGAUUCUAUGGAAAAGUUCUGGUUUCACUUUACUUUUAUCAUGGAGAGCUUGGAAGAAACUCAGGUGAAUUUAAUUUGUGGUCUUUAA